AUGCUGCCACGACUAGCUGCUGCUCUUUCCUCUCGACUCCCGUCUGGAUUCUCUUUCGCCCUGUUUUCGUCGACAGCAUCUUCAUCGAGCCCCUCAGCAGCGCAGCAGCACAAGAUGAGCGUCAAGGAACUUGUCGAGACAGCCAUCUCUGGCAACAAAGUCGUGAUUUUCUCGAAGAGCUACUGUCCUUACUGCAAGAAGGUCAAAAGUUUGUUCGAAAAGGAGUUCCCCGAUGUUACACCUGCCGUCUUUGAGUUGGACGAGCGUGAUGAUGGGUCUACCAUCCAGGAAUAUUUGCACCAGAAGACUGGCCAGCGAACCGUCCCUAACGUUUUCAUCAACGAACAACACAUUGGGGGCAACGAUGAUACCCAAGCGGCCUUCAAGGCCGGAAAGCUUGCAGGGCUGAUCAAGGCUGACCCACCAGCUAGAUUGUAA